UUUACAAACAUACUUGAACGCCUCACUCUCUGGACAAGUAUGGCGGAGAGUCUGAGUAUGAAGAUCGCCGUGCUGGGAGCCACUGGGCAGACUGGACAGUAUCUGGUCAACCAGGCGCUGCAGCAGGGCCACACAGUCACCGCCAUCGUCAGGAACCCAGGAAAACUCACCGUGCAUCAUGAUAAUCUCAAGGUGGUGGAAGCUGAUAUUUUCUCAGCAGACAGUCUGAAGCCUCACUUUAAAGGACAGGAUGUCAUCAUGUCCUGCCUUGGCUUCUCAACCUCCUUUUUCUCGCCGGUAACGGGCUACUCUCAGUCCAUGAACGCUAUGGUCAACGCCAUGCGAGAGGUGCGGGUCAACAGGAUCAUCACCAUGACCUCCUGGUACACUGACCCUAACUCUGGAACGCAGUCAUCGUAUCUCAUCCGCUUCCUCCUGCUGCCGAUGAUCCGAAGCGUCCUCACCAACAUGCAUGAGAUGGAGCAGUUUCUGCAGAAGACCAGCGACAUUAACUGGACUGUAGUUCGCCCACCUGGUCUCAAGAACCUGCCCGCCUCAGCUCAGGAGUUUCUGACCCAUGAGGGAUACUUUGUGCCUGACAGCAGUGGUCACCCUGCGGGCAGCGCUGUGGCAAGAGGAGAUGUGGCUCGCUUCAUGCUCUCUCUGCUCAACAGCAACGCCUGGGUCAAGAAGGGAGUUUCCAUGACGACCAAAUAAGAGAGAAGACGCCAACGUUGGCAUUAAUGAAGGGGGGUUCACCAAUCUUAAGUUAUAUCUAGCCAUAUUUUUCUAAAGUUGUCUAGGUUUUAAAGUAUCCGCCUUUGAGUUUUCUGCUUCUGCCCCUGAUACAACAGAGGCAAAGGAAAGUUUUCUGUUUUGGAUUUACAGCUCACAACUUUACUGUUUUUAUUCAUCCUCACUACAAUAAUAGCUCUGAUAAAUUCAUUGUAUGCAACCUGCCACAUACCAAAAUCAGACAGACAAAAUUAGAGACUGGCUUGUCGAGCAUUUAGCAACUAAACAGCCACAUUUUCCUGAUAAUGAAGUAAAAAUAAGGAGUGCUGCACUGGGUUAAUGCUCUGUGUAGAUGUAAAAAAAAUCAGGGUGCUCCUCAAGAAUUGGGCAAAGAGUCACUUAAAGAUAAAAAACAACUGACCAGCUCACUCAGUGUAAAAGUUCAUCAUAAAAGUAGGCGGUCCAAAAAUGCAUCGGAUGCACUCUGACUGUAGUUAAAAAUCCUGAACCCUGAUGAAGACUAUCUUGUCGAAACGCAUUAGUUGUCCAUGUGUUAAUAAAGGAUUUUUAACUACCGUCAGAGCCCUCCGAUGCAUUUUUGGACCGCCUUCCUGUACUGUACUGUGGACUUUAACGCUGAGUGAGCUGGUCAGUUGAUGUUUUUUAUCUUUAAGCCACAUUUUCCUUUGGAAGUUGGUUGAGUCCGAAACGGAGCCAAAUGGAGCAUCAUGGACUCCUAUUCUGUUUUGUUUUUUUUUUU